AUGGCUAUCACCACAACCAUCAUUCCCACCACAGUUUUUGUUGUCGCCGCCACCAUCACCGACAUUGUCGCUACCCCUAGCACCAUUGCCACCUCUACCUCCACCACCACCCCUAUCGUCACCAACACCAACACCACCGCCAAUACCAUCACCAUCACUGCCACCACUACUACCCUUACCCCUAUCUCCACCACCACUACCACUCCCACUAUCAACCCCACCAUCAACCCCCCACGGUCACCACCAUCACAACCACUGCCAGCAUCAUCACCAUCACCGCCACCACUCCCACCACCACCACCUUCACCACCUCCACCACCUCACAGCCACCGCCACCACCACUACCUCCCCCACCAUCACCCACAAACCACCAUUGCCACGGCCAUCGCCAUCACCACCAUCAUCACCACCCCUAAACCCUUUGUUUUGAGUGCUAUAAACUCCAUUAAAAUCAAUAAUAAAACUCUAACAAACUCAAGGCUUCAAGAUACUGGAGAGAGAGAGAAGGAGGCUCCGCCUACACUUACAGCUACACAAACCCCAAAACCUGUCAUAAGGCGUGGAGUUUCGCAGUUUAGUGUGUUGCAAAUGGAAGUGGAAUACGAUAGAGAUGACUCUCCAAUGAGAGAGCAUCGGGAGGAAGGGAUAUAUGAUGAUUUAGAUGAGAAUGGGACGGACAAAUCAAGCAGGCAUCGCAGCAAGGAUCGGAAGAAGAGUAGCCGAGGGGAAGAGAAGGACACUAGAAGUAAAGACCGGGAGCGUUCGAGGAGAAGUAGUGAUGAUUUUGUGAAGGAAAGAGAGAAAGAAUCGAAAGAUUCAGAAAAGGAUCGAGUAUCUAGCAAGGAAAGGAGGAAGGAUGAUAGAGAUGACCGCUAUAAGGACAAGAGUAGAGAUAAUAAGGUGAGGGAGAAAGAUUAUGAUCGAGAGAGUCAUAGAGAAACAGAGCAUGAGAGGGGGAAAGAUAGAAAGGAUAGGGGAAAGGAAAAAGAGCGGGAGAAGGAGAGAGAGGUAGAGAAGGAUAGUGAUCGAGGACGAGACAAGGAGAGGGGGAAAGAAAAGAUUAAGGACAGGGAUAAGGACAAGGAAAGGGAAAAGGAAAGAGACAGGGCAAAAGAAAAGGAAAGAGAAAAAGAGAGAGAAAAACAUAAAGAUAGAGAGAAAGGGAGGGAGAACUAUAAAGAUACCGAUAGGGAUAGGGUGAAAGAAAAAUACAGGGAAAAGGAGAGGGAGGCGGAUCAAGAUAAGGAUAAAUCAAGAGAUAGAGUAAGCCGGAGAAGCCUUGAUGAGAAUUAUGAAUGGAGCAAGGAUGGGGGAAGAGAUGAUAAAGCUAAGCUAAAUGAGGAGUAUACCGGGGAUAAAGACAUUAAGCAAGGGAAGGUGUCCCAUAAUGCUGAGGAUGAACGGAAGGCUGAGGGCUUAUCAGGCGGAGCACAUCUAUCAGCAUUGGAGCUUGAGGAACGCAUCAUGAAGACAAAGGAAGAGAGAUUAAAGAAGAAGAAAGAAGAUGUUCCUGAGGUUUUAGCAUGGGUCGGUAGAAGUCGUAAGCUCGAGGAUAAAAGGAAUGCUGAAAAGCAGAAAGCAUUGCAGCUUUCUAAGAUUUUUGAGGAACAGGACAAUAUUGGUCAAGGAGAGAGUGAAGAUGAGGAGACAGCCCAGGAUACCACUCAUGAUCUAGCUGGGGUUAAAGUUCUUCAUGGCCUUGACAAAGUAAUGGAAGGUGGGGCAGUUGUUUUAACACUCAAAGAUCAGAACAUUCUAGCUGAUGGUGGCGUUAAUGAAGACAUUGAUAUGCUUGAGAAUGUGGAAAUUGGAGAGCAGAAGCAACGAGAUGACGCUUACAAGGCAGCAAAGAAAAAGACGGGGAUUUAUGUUGAUAAGUUUAACGAUGACCUUAAUACAGAGAAGAAAAUUCUUCCACAAUAUGAUGAUCCAGUCCCAGAUGAGGGGUUAACUUUAGACGAAAGAGGACGCAUUACUGGUGAAGCAGAAAAGAAACUCGAAGAGCUGCGUAAGAGGAUACAGGGUGUUCCCACGAACAACUGCUUUGAAGAUCUCAACAUGUCUGGAAAUAUCACAUCUGAUUUUUAUACUCAAGAAGAAAUGCUUCAAUUUAAAAAGCCCAGGAAAGGGAAAAAGAAAACCUUGCGAAAGAGGGAGAAGCUAGAUUUAGAUGCCCUUGAAGCAGAAGCUGUGUCUGCAGGAUUGGGUGUUGCAGACCUUGGUUCUAGGAAUGAUACAAAGAGGCAAGCCAAUAAAGAGGAGCAAGAAAGAUUGGAAGCUGAAAGGAGGAAUAGUGCAUACCAGUUGGCUUAUGCUAAAGCAGAUGAGGCAUCUAAAUCGUUGCGUCUGGAACAAACUCUUACUGUUAUACCAGAGGAAGAUGAAACUCCUUCCUUUGCAGAUGAUGACGAUGAUCUCUAUAAAUCCUUAGAGAGAGCAAGGAAAUUGGCUCUUAAAAAGAAAGAGGAGGAGACGGCAUCUGGUCCACAAGCAAUUGCACUCUUUGCCACCACCACGGCCAGCAGUCAGACUGCCGAUAAUCAAAUCCCCUCAACUGGAGAGUCACAGGACAACAAGGUUGUCUUUACAGAGAUGGAAGAGUUUGUCUGGGGCCUCCAGCUUGAUGAAGAAUCUCACAAGCCUGAAAGCGAAGAUGUUUUUAUGCAAGAAGAUGAAGAGCCCAAACCUUCCCAUGAAGAAAGAAUGAAUGAACCUGGUGGAUGGACUGAAGUUAAAGAUAUGGAUGAAGACGAAAAACCUGCUACUGAGGAUAAGGAGGAAAUAGUUCCCGAUGAAACUAUCCAUGAAGUUGCGGUCGGGAAGGGCUUAUCAGGUGUGCUGAAGCUGCUUAAAGAUCGGGGAACCCUUAAAGAAGGUAUUGAAUGGGGUGGCAGAAACAUGGACAAGAAAAAGAGCAAGCUUUUAGGCAUUGUAGAUGAUGAUGAUGAGCCAAAGGAGACCCAUACAUCACGUCAAAAAAAGGAUGAACACAAGGAUACUCGUCCAUCCUCUUCCAGCCAUCAAAAGGAGACUCGUCCUUCAAAAGUCUAUCAAGAAAAGGAUAUUCACAUUGAGAGAACUGAUGAAUUUGGCCGAACUUUGACACCGAAGGAAGCCUUUCGGAUACUUUCUCAUAAGUUCCAUGGGAAGGGGCCUGGCAAAAUGAAGCAAGAAAAGCGAAUGAAGCAAUACCAGGAAGAACUGAAGUUAAAACAGAUGAAGAGUUCAGAUACACCAUCACUGUCUGCGGAGAGGAUGAGGGACACUCAAGCUCGCUUGCAGACACCCUAUCUUGUACUCAGUGGUCAUGUUAAACCAGGGCAAACGAGCGAUCCCAGAAGUGGUUUUGCUACAGUUGAGAAAGAUUUCCCGGGGGGCUUGACGCCCAUGCUUGGUGACAGAAAGGUUGAAAACUAUCUGGGGAUAAAGCGCAAAGCAGAGCCCGAAAGUUCAGGAACACCAAAGAAGCCUAAAACUUGA